GAAAAAAAACACGUUUUAAUUUCAGAAACAAUAUCCUUAAACCCGUGGGUCGUUUAAACCCGUAGUAAGCUCAAUUACGUGUUUGGCUGGUCAGUGAGCCUUUUAUUUUGAAAAACACGACGCGGAAGUCUUAUGUUUACUCUCGCCUGGUCCGUUGGACUGCGUACAGGAGUUGUGUCAUAGGCAGCAACCUGGUCCCUGGAUACAACGGAUAAUGGCACCCGGCGGUGGAAUCCAGAUACCGAGCCGCCUCCCGCUGCUGCUGACCCACGAAGGGGUGCUCCUCCCCGGCUCCACCGUGAGGUUCAGCGUGGACUCUCCGCGGAACAUGCACCUGGUCAGCCAGCGGCUGCUGAAGGGGACGUCUCUGAGAAGCACAAUCAUAGGAGUGAUCCCCAACACCAGAGACCCAGAUCACGACACCGACGACCUGCCCUCCCUGCACAAAAUCGGUACAGCAGGGAUAGCGGUGCAGGUGGUGGGCAGCAACUGGCCAAAGCCCCACUACACCCUCCUCAUCACUGGAUUGUGCCGCUUCAGGGUGUCAAGUCUGCUAAAGGAGCGACCCUUUGUCCUGGCAGAGGUGGAGCAGUUGGAUAAACUGGAGCAUUACAUAACCCCAGUAACGGAGCGGGCCACGGCCGAAGAUGGAGAUCUCGGGGAGCUGUCCUACAAUUUCUACCAGGCUGCUGUAAAGCUGUUAGGUAUGUUGGACAUGUCCGUUCCAGUGGUGGCUAAGUUCAAGCGUCUGUUGGACAGUCUGCCCAGAGAAACUCUUCCUGAUGUGGUCGCCUCCAUGAUCCGCACCUCGAACAAGGAAAAGCUCCAGCUCCUGGAUGCGCUGACCUUGGAGGAGCGAUUUAAGAAGGCUCUGCCCUUGUUGAGCAGACAGAUAGAGGGACUGAAGCUGCUGAAGAAAACCAGGAAGUCAAGUCCUAACAAUGAGAAGAGGGUGCCAUCGGUGCGUAAAGGUGGCGUCUUACGGCAGUUCAGCCGAGAUGAGGAGGCUGAAGAUGAGGAUGAUGAUGACACUGCAGUCUUGGAGAAGAAGAUCCACGAGGCCAAGAUGCCUGAAGCUGCGUUCAAAGUUUGCCUCAAAGAGCUCAAGAGGAUGAAGAAGAUGCCUCAGUCCAUGCCAGAAUUUGCCCUGACCAGAAACUACUUGGAUUUGAUGGUAGAGUUGCCAUGGAGCAGAAGCACCACAGACUGCCUGGACAUCCCAGCUGCUCGCACUCUAUUGGACAACGAUCACUACGCCAUGGACAAGCUGAAGCGGCGCGUGCUGGAGUACCUGGCCGUCCGGCAGCUGAAGACGUCUCUGAAGGGACCCAUCCUUUGCUUUGUGGGGCCCCCGGGAGUUGGUAAGACCAGUGUCGGACGCUCCAUAGCUAGGACCCUGGGCAGAGAGUUCUACCGCAUCUCUUUGGGAGGCGUCUGUGACCAGUCUGACAUCCGUGGACACAGGCGGACCUAUGUCGGGAGCAUGCCCGGACGCAUUAUCAACGGUCUGAAGACGGUGGCUGUAAAUAAUCCCGUGUUCCUCCUGGACGAGGUGGACAAGCUGGGGAAGAGUCUGCAGGGAGACCCCGCGGCCGCCCUGCUGGAGGUACUGGACCCGGAGCAGAACCACAGCUUCACAGACCAUUACCUCAACGUGGCCUUUGACCUCUCCCAGGUGCUCUUUAUUGCCACUGCAAACACCACGGCGACCAUUCCCCCUGCCCUGCUGGACAGGAUGGAGGUGCUGCAGGUCCAAGGGUACACUCAGGAGGAGAAGGUGGAGAUCGCUCACCGCCAUCUGAUCCCAAACCAGCUGGAGCAGCAUGGGUUAACACCGCAGCAGCUGCAUAUACCACAGGACACCACACGCGCUCUAAUCAGCAGUUACACCCGUGAGGCGGGUGUGCGCUCCCUCGAGAGGAAGUUCGGGGCCGUCUGCAGAGCGGUGGCUGUGAAGGUCGCUGAAGGUCACGGAGUCAUCGCGACGGAGGCUCCGACCGCCGAGUGUCCGGCGCAGCAGACGGACAAGGCCGCCCCCCCGGAGAUGCCCAUAGUGAUCGACAGCGUUGCCCUGAAGGACAUCCUGGGUCUUCCUCCGUUUGAAAUGGAGGUGUCUGAGAGGCUCACCCUGCCAGGUGUGGCGGUGGGUCUGGCCUGGACGCCACUCGGUGGGGAGAUUCUGUUCGUGGAGGCCAGUCGGAUGGAGGGAGAAGGUCAGCUAACUUUGACCGGUCAGCUUGGAGACGUUAUGAAGGAAUCCGCCCAUCUGGCUAUCAGCUGGCUCCGAGCGAACGCUAAAACCUACCAGCUGACCAACAUGGUGGGCGGUCCAGACCCGCUGGAAGGGACCGACAUCCACCUCCACUUCCCAGCUGGAGCCGUCACCAAGGAUGGCCCCUCUGCAGGUGUUACCAUAGUAACCUGCCUAGCCUCACUGUUUAGCGGCCGAUUGGUCAGAUCAGACGUCGCCAUGACGGGAGAGAUCACGCUGAGAGGGCUGGUGCUGCCGGUGGGCGGGAUCAAGGACAAGGUGCUGGCGGCCCACAGGGCGGGAGUGAAGUGCGUCAUCCUUCCCCUGCGCAACAAGAAGGACCUGGAGGAGCUUCCAGCCAAUGUCCGGGCCGACCUGGACUUUGUCCCCGCCGCCAACCUGGACCAGGUGCUGAACGCCGCCUUCGAUGGGGGGUUUCCAGGGACGGCCGGCGCCCACACCCAGCCUCAGCUGACCAGCAAACUGUAACACGCCGAUGAAAACACACACACAGUCAUCGUGUCAUGUGACGGCUGUGUUCCUCAAUAGACCAAACAGAGAAGUAAUUUGAGAUAAAUUAAGCAACAAUCUGUUGUGUGAGGUUGUCCUGGUUUUCACAUCAUAUUGUGAAUCACAUAUUGUGAAUGUGAUGGUGUAAAUGCAUUGAAAUGAUAUGGUGGGCAAAAAGGAAACGGGAUGGACCCAAAUGCAGAGAGACACAGGGGUAGAAGCAUGAAUAACAGUGAUUUUAAUAAACAUAUCCAAAUCAAAAUGUACAAAGUAGGGGAGCCAUGAAUGACUAUCGGAAAAACCCAACCGGCAAACCAGGAUGGGCAAAAUGACCCAACACAGGAUCCGGUAAUGCCGACAUGUCCACAAGCAACACCGACAGGAACAUAGCAGAGGAGUCAACAACCAGAAGACACACACACGGGAUCACAGGGGGGGAAACAUGAAGGCUGCGGUCGAAUAGUCAAAAAUGUACCUCCUAAUUGUCUAUUCCUAACCACUCUUCCUUGACCUCUGUUGAAAACGUCUCAGGGGUCAAAGGGAAGAUGGGACGGACAAUUCAUGAGGAGUUAGGAAAAGACCACGGUGGUAUUCACAUGUGCCUGUGUUCCCUAUGCUAAAGCGGCUAAUAAAGGAAGCAUUGAAGCACC